AUGCAAUUCGAAAAAGCCCAUAAACUAUCUAUCGUGCCGGCACUGAUACUAUGCAUACUCUCAUUCGUUUCUAUCGUUCUUACUUCUGUAUACUGGAUCCUCGGUGACUGGAUCAUGGGCCGUUGGGUGCCAAUCCCAAGUACCCAUAAGGAUUCUGACAAAUGGCCCAUCAACGACGUGAUCGUUGAUUACACUGAUGCCUCGACCAACGCCACCAUUGUCUCUGGAUGUUUGAACUUGUUUGCCGCUUGCGUUGCUAUGGUCGCAUGGGGAAAGCUCAAGAACCAUGAAUUGGACACGGAUUUCAACGCGCCACUUCGUCGCUUCUAUGUUCUUGCAGUAUAUAUUACGGGCGCUUGUGGAAGCAUUGCAGCUCUCACAGCAUUCAUCCUGCACUACACAGAUUCUGGCCCAGAUGAGUGGAGCUGCACGACCCAGACAGGGUACACUUUCCAAACCCCACAGAAGGGCAUUCCAUUCGACAACGUCUUGUGCUCUCGGGAACAUGGAGCUUGCAACUUCAUCGUGAAAAAUGCCAAAGCGGAUAAACAGGGCGCUGCAACUGCAGCUUGCAACACAGCCAGAACUGUAAAAUUCCUGCAAAUCAUUCUCCUGCUAAUAAGCUGCAUCACUAUGGCUAUGUUCUUCUUCCAAGCUAAAUUGAGGAGACAUGUUCGAUGGUCACUUCACUCCAACGCACCGGUCGACGCGAAGCCACAGCACUGGCAGUAG